UCUAGCUUACCUGACCUUCCCGAAGCUUUAGUUAUUGUUCUUAUAAGCACAUCGUCAUGGAUCUGUCAUUUAUGGCCGCGCAGAUCCCCGUGAUGACAGGAGCCUUCAUGGACUCAUCGCCUCAUGAUGACUACAGCACAGAUCAUUCUCUCUUCAACUCCUCUGCAAGCGUCCAUGCUGCCGCUCUGGCAGCUCACAACCAACAGGAGGAGCAGCAGCCCAUGUCCCGGGACGCCAUCUGGCUGUGGAUCGCUAUCACCGCCACCAUUGGGAACAUCAUAGUGGUGGGCGUCGUCUACGCCUUCACGUUCUGACCUCUGAAAUGAAACCAGCUGAACUUUGGAGACAUAUUCGACUUUGAGUCCCCCAAAUGUAGGGCACGGGGUUCCUCAUCAGACGAACAGUGUGUGCAAUCUUUCAAGAAAAAAAAGUACACUGUAUUAGUUGUUUAUUUGUUUGUUUUUU